AUGCGUACCUACGACGAUUCUUUCAGCGGUCAAAAGAUCUACCCCGGAAAGGGUAAGCUGUUCGUCCGUGGCGACAGCAAGAUCUUCCGCUUCCAGAAUGGAAAGUCCGAAUCCCUUUUCCUCCAGCGCAAGAACCCUCGCCGGAUAGCUUGGACUGUUCUCUUCCGUCGCCAGCACAAGAAGGGUAUCUCUGAGGAAGUUGCUAAGAAGCGUACCCGCCGUGCCGUCAAGCACCAGCGUGGCAUCGUCGGUGCCUCCCUCGACGUGAUCAAGGAGCGCCGUUCUCAGCGCCCCGAGGCCCGUGCCGCUGUCCGCCAGCAGGCCAUCAAGGACGCCAAGGAGAAGAAGGCUGCCACCGAGAGCAAGAAGAAGGCCGACAAGGCUAAGUCCGCCGCCUCUGCUGGCAAGGGUGCUGCUCAGCGCAUCCAGAGCAAGCAGGGCUCCAAGGGUUCCGCCCCCAAGGUCGCUGCCAAGUCUCGUUAA